AUGCAGCGAUCUACUCCGACUCCUACCCUUGGUUAUCUACCCCGUCCUGGGACUGGUCUGAUUGAAGCAAACAAUGGACCUCUCUUCGUUCGAGCCCAAAGCGCUCCUGCAAGUCUUCCCGGAGACCAAGUUAUCUCGCUUCCUUUCAACAACCCGUAUAAGGCAACCAACGUUGGUGUGGCUUCGUCGGAGUACGAUCCCACUUCUCCUCCAUAUGUUCCAACUUCGCCUGUCUAUUCAGCUGCGACCUCGCCUUCGUAUGUCCCUUCCACAGGCGAAGAAUCUCAAGGAGCUGGUUCACCAGAUUAUACUCCUGUAAGCCCUGUACCGUCUCCUGUCCUUACACCUGUCGCUACUCGGACUUCCGAUGAUAUUCCUGUUAUCGAUCCUCAGAAUAUCCCACACUCGAUUGCCGAUGUUGUGGAUUCGGAGUCGGAUUUGGAGAUACUCUUUGAAAUCCCCAAAGCGCCCCCCAAACACAUUGGUCAUUCCAAAGCCAUCACCUUCCCUCUUGGCUUGACUGGUUCAGAAGCGAAGAAACAAAUCAAGCUUCUGUCUCGUAAAAUUGCAAGGAACACCAAUGCGCUCUUUAUCCAAAGACAUGGUAUCUCCAUUGAAACCGUGAAGUGUUACACUUGCGAGAAGAAAACAGUGGGUGAUCGUCGCUGUCUUCUUUACUCUGGCUUGGGUUGUGCUCGUUGUUCUUUCCAAGGCAUCAAAUGUCCUCUCAAGGAACGCAAAAUGACUCCUGCGGAACGUGUUCGCGCCGCGAUUGAGUUGAGGAAAGAGUUGAAAGGGAUUAUCUGA